CUAUAGAUGGGAAGCGCCGUGGACUUGCAGGAUAACUUCCUCCAUGCUGCUGCUGCUGGAAUGAUCUCUCCAGCUGAAAGACAAGCAACAGCUGGGGUGACUGAUCUGAAGCUCUUUGGAUCUCAGCGUCACCUGGACUUGAUCCCUCUUUGUUGACUGAGCAGCUUCUAGUGAUCGCCGCUCUUCAUUUUUACAUAUUUUGGUGCCACACACCUGAAUCUCUGCACUGUUGGAGUGAGCUAUUUUAGUCUGCCCAGACUGCACUGAGGCGUUGCUCGGAGAAGGGUGGACAAUUUUACGGUAAAUGUGUGUCCCUGCGACCGGCGCCGGACUGUCGCCCUCAAAGUCUCCCACACCUGCUGAGAGCCCCUGGAAGCCACCUGCUGUGCCUCUGGGAUGGUGUGACGUCCAGCCAGCUGUUGGCCGUCCCACAUCUGGGUCAAGAUGCCAGUGAUGAAGGGCCUCCUGGCCCCGCAGAACACCUUUCUGGACACCAUCGCUACACGCUUUGAUGGCACCCACAGUAAUUUCCUGUUGGGUAAUGCCCAGGGCCACCGUGGCUACCCCAUCGUCUACUGCUCAGACGGCUUCUGCGAACUGACUGGCUUCACAAGGACUGAGGUGAUGCAGAAGAACUGCAGCUGCCGCUUCCUGCACGGGGCCGACACCAGCGAGCACGUGGCCCAGCAGAUGGAGAAGGCACUGGAGGGCCGUGAGGAGUACCAGGCCGAGGUCCACUUCUACAAGAAGAAUGGUGUGGCCUUCUGGUGUCUGCUCGACAUCGUGCCCAUAAAGAACGAGAAGGGAGAGAUGGUCCUCUUCCUGUUUUCAUUCAAGGACAUCACUGACACCUAUGGAAGGAGCCACCACAACAGCAAGAAGGAGGUUUCAGACGACAAGAGGCGCAGGAGGAAGAGCAGCUCUCACUUCAGUGAGGCCAGGAAGCGUGGACGCACCAUGUUGUACCAGCUUACCAGCCAGUUCUCGAGGGGAGGCAAAAGAGAAGUCAACCUGGGUGGUGGCAUUAUUGACAAGCCUUCAAUACCAGAGUACAAGGUGGCAGCAGUCCAGAAGUCGCGCUUCAUUCUGCUCCACUACAGCGUGUCCAAAGCCCUGUGGGACUGGCUCAUUCUGCUGGCCACCUUCUAUGUGGCUGUCACCGUGCCCUACAAUGUCAGCUUUACGCCGUAUGAUGACCACGUCACAGCUGCGCGCUCCACCAUCGUCAGUGACAUCGUGGUGGAAAUGCUCUUCAUUAUAGACAUUAUCCUGAAUUUCCGCACUACUUAUGUGAGCCAGUCAGGGCAGGUGGUGUAUGAGGCGCGCUCCAUUUGCAUUCAUUACGCCACCACCUGGUUCUUUGUGGACUUGGUGGCUGCCCUGCCCUUCGACCUGCUGUAUGCCUUCAACAUCACAGUGACCUCUUUGGUCCAUCUGCUGAAAACGGUACGCCUGCUGCGCCUCCUUCGUCUGCUUCAGAAGCUGGACCGCUACUCCCAGUAUAGCGCCAUGGUGCUGACCUUACUGAUGUCUGUGUUUGCCCUGCUGGCACACUGGAUGGCCUGCAUCUGGUACAUGAUUGGACGCAAAGAGAUAGAGACCAAUGAGGCCUGGGACAUUGGGUGGCUUCAUGAGCUGGGCAAACGUCUGGAGACACCCUACAUCAACAGCACGGUGGGCGGCCCGACAGUGCGCAGCUCCUACAUCGCUGCCCUUUACUUUACCCUCAGCAGCCUGACCAGUGUGGGCUUCGGCAAUGUCUGUGCCAACACCGAUGCUGAGAAGAUCUUCUCCAUCUGCACCAUGCUCGUCGGCGCGCUGAUGCACGCCCUGGUCUUCGGUAACGUGACGGCCAUCAUCCAGCGUAUGUACUCACGGCGUUCCCUCUACCACACACGCAUGAAGGACCUGAAGGACUUCAUCCGUGUCCACCGUCUGCCCCAGCAGAUCAAACAGCGCAUGCUGGAGUACUUCCAGACCACUUGGUCUGUCAACAACGGUAUAGAUGCCAACGAGCUCCUGCACGACUUCCCUGAUGAGCUGCGGGCCGACAUCGCCAUGCAUCUGAAUAAGGACAUCCUCCAGCUGCCGGUCUUUAAGGGGGCCAGCCGUGGCUGCCUGCGCUCGCUCUCCCUCCAUAUUAAAACCUCAUUCUGCGUCCCUGGGGAGUACCUCAUCCGUCAGGGUGAUGCACUGCAUGCCAACUACUUUGUCUGCUCCGGGUCCCUUGAGGUGCUGAAAGACAGCAUGGUGCUGGCGAUAUUAGGAAAAGGGGACCUGAUUGGAUCUGACCUGCCUGGAACUGACCAGGUGAUCAAGACCAAUGCUGAUGUGAAGGCACUGACCUACUGUGACCUCCAGUAUAUCAAUGUGCGUGGCCUAAGGGAGGUGCUGGAGCUCUACCCUGAGUACGCCAGCGUGUUCACCUCCGACAUCCACAACAACCUCACCUACAACCUGCGUGAGGGCAGCCAAGACGAGGGCCUCAGCAGGUUUUCAAGGUCACCCAGACUUCCCCACGAAUCCAGGCUCCCCUCCAUCGUGGAAACAAAGGGUGAUGACACUGAUGACACCUUCCACCUCUCUCCGGCCACCCGCUCCCGUCGCAACCUCCUGCUGCCCAACUUCAGCAGCCCCGUUCGCCGCACCUCCCUGGGGAACCUCCUGGGGGAUGAGCUGCGGCAGUUCAACGCCCUGCGACGCUGCCGUUCACCAAACCUCAGCCGUGGCAUCCACGGGCAGAGCUCGUCCCCGCAGCCACCGUCGAAAAAAGAGCACAGCUCCGCUACAGCCAACCCAGCCUCAACCUCAGCCCAGGGAGAGUCGGGGGCCGAGCAGAAGCCUUCAAAGCUGCUUAUCCCAACUGUCACAUGCUUUGGCCCCCCAGAUCUUAGUCCCAGGGUUGUAGACGGCAUCGAAGACAACGGACACACGUUCCACUUCAACGUGGAGCACAGUGGGCCGAAAGCCAGCGCAGGAGGCAGCACCCAAGACUCCCCGCAAGCUAAUGCCACCCUGCUGCUGGAGACAGAGGAGGUCAGACAGAGCAUCAGUCAACUCAACCAAAAGAUGGGCACAUUAAACCAGGAAGUAUCUGAGCUCGCCAAGGGCCUGCACCACAUGAUGCAUCUCCUCCAGGCCCACAUGUCUGUGCAUCACUACAGAACCUCUCUCCCCUCAUACCCAUAUGGCAUCCAAAUAGUGUCCGGCCCUCCCACAGCCCACAACACGGGCAUGCCCUUCAACCAAGCUUCAGCCUACCACCUCCACACCGAUCCAGCGAGCCACGAAGGCCACCAAAGUGUCCCACCUGCUGGACACUGGAGCUACAGUGGAGCUGCUGAAUCCCAAACAGAGAGCCACCAUCAACCUAAAUCCUCUAGUCCACCUGCCAACUCCUGUCCGUCCCUCUCUGUAAACUCUGAAACCAGGUUAGGCCCAUGUCACAGCUCUGAGAGCAUGACCACGCAUCUGUGGACCAGCCCGUCUUCUCUUAGCGUCAGCCCAGGCUUCCACCCUGGUCUCGCAUCUCAUGCUGGGCAUGAAGACUCUGACAACAGACCUCUCAGUGCUAGCCCAACCAACAUCAGCCAGUCCCAGCCCACUUUGUGCCUGCAGCCUCCCGGUGAUAGUGAUGAAUACUCUUGCCUUUUGUCUGGUGCCCCCACAGGUACAUCAACACACAGCCUGUUGGACUCCUCACCCACUUCUCACCCCCAUCUCUGCCUGUCACAAGCCUCACAUGAGGAAAUUUGUGUUCUGAUGUCUGCCCCACCAUCCCAUAAUCUCAUCCAGGACACCUCUAUCUUCCAAAUUGAGGACUCAAACCCCUCAAUUCGCUCUGUGUCCACCUCUCUGCCCACAUUGACAGGCCAAGCUCUUGGAUCCUCUCUAGAUUCAGGAUCACCGCAAUUGGAUGCUCUGGAGGCCCACCUUCCACUGGGCCACCCAUCUGCCAUAGAACACACCAGUCUGGAGUGCCUACUGGGGAACGGGGGCUCUACGGAGAGCAGGGACAGUGAGAGUGCAUCAUCGCGACGGUCUAGCAUUGGCUUCCAGACUCAGAGCACAGAGCAGUCGUGGUGUCUGGACCUCACAGAUUAAACUCUUUCAAGGGCAGACUCACUGACACUUCCACUGGAAUAUAAAAAUACUGACAUGCAACUUCUUACAGUGUUCAAAGAGACUCUGCUGGAGAUUGUCAAUGUGUGCUGUAUUUCCCCCGUCCUAUUUCCUGGACUCUCAUUUGUCAACCUCCACACAAUUUCCACCAUUUUCUAUGCAAAAGCAUGUCAUUUGUGCAUUAUCUUGGAUUUACUGAAGUGUGUCUUUAAAAAAAAAAGGUUCCAGUAUAUACUGUAUAUUUUUUCCAACAUCCUCAGAGCAAUUUGCAGUUGAUAAUACCUGUUACCUCCUUGCAUGGUAAAGUUGUUUAUUCUUUUUCCUAAGGAAAAGGUUUCCAAAUCAAUGUGUAAGCAUUCUACAUGACAACCUGUUGAUUGUGUACACGGAUACUGUAUUUGUAAGGCAGACGGGUCAGAGCAGUCGGAUGUUUUAAUAUACAGAGGAACAAAAACAACACGUGCUUCACCUCGCAUAUAGAGAAUAGAGUAUGUGCAUCACACAGCGUAGAUUGUUUAUUGUUUUACAUUGAAUGUUUUUCUCAGUUCAGAAUUUUUUUAUUUGUGAGUUCUUGGACUAUGAAUAUCAAAAACGUCACUAAGCAGUACACAGUUCAUAAUUUAUGAUUAUAAUUAUGAUCUCACUGAACAUAUCCAGUUUUAUACUCUCCUGAAGAUCCUUCAUAAGUUUUGAAUACAUGUCCUAUUUUUUCCUCACCAAGGCAUUAAAUAUAGCGCUGUGAAAUAGGUUUAAUUUCUCUCUCCACAAAAAAAGAUUGAAAAUUUCUUUCUUAAGGAUCUACAGUUCUAUAAACACGACAUAGCUGCGGCUAAAUUAAACAUAAAUAAAUAUACAUACUUAGCUGAAAAAGUGGGUCCCAUGAAAUAUUUAGUACUGUCGAUAAUUAACAAAAUAUGAAUGCCUCCUGGGAAACUAACAUGA